AUCCAUUAUCUGAAAUCAAGCCACCAUCUGAGUGAGUCCAAUCCUGUCAGAACUUGUGCCUUGCAGUGUGUGUGUGACCUCUCUAGUUGAUGUCCUCACUUAGCCUCAGUACAAAGAAGCAAAGUAAACAGCCAGAAGAGGCAGGGCUACGAGCUGAGCUGCCCUUUUAUAGUAAAUCAAGCAGCUAGCCUCUUCAGUGCAGUCCAGUCCUUUCUACCAUGUUUCUUUCAGUUGUGCUGCUAUGGCUCUGCAUUUUCUUCAUCAUCCUUCAACUCAAAUCCCGAAGGCCCAAGAACUUUCCACCGGGACCCUCGAUCCUGCCCAUACUGGGGAACCUUUUGCAGCUGAACCUCGAGAACCCCUUGAAGGACUUUGAGAGGCUGAGGAAGACUUAUGGAAAUGUCUACAGUUUGUUCCUCGGUCCCAGACCAGCUGUAGUCAUCAGUGGAUUGAAGGCCAUGAAGGAAGCUAUGGUGCUCAAGGGUGCUGAUUUUGCCGGACGACCUCAAGACAUGUUUGUUAAUGAUGUCCUGGAGAAUAAAGGAGUGAUUUUGGCAGAUUAUGGUCCUCGCUGGAGGGAACAUCGUCGCUUUGCUCUGACGACUCUGAGGAACUUUGGUCUGGGGAAGAAAUCAAUGGAGGAGAAAAUUCAUGACGAGAUUCAAUACAUUGUAAAAAGGCUGGACAAAAGCAUUGGUAAAACUAUGAGUCCUCAAGUCAUGUUCCAUAAUGCUGCCUCCAACAUCAUCUGCCAGGUUCUGUUUGGUACGCGAUAUGAGUAUGAUGAUAAGUUCAUUACAGAGAUGAUUCGCUGCUUCACUGAGAAUGCUAAGAUAGCCAAUGGACCGUGGGCAAUGCUGUAUGACUCUCUUCCCUUUAUUCGCCACCUGCCAUUACCCUUCCGCAAGGCUUUUGACAAUUGUACGACUUGCCAGGAUCUUGUACUUAAUUUGGUGAGUGAGCACAAGAAGACCAGAGUCCCUGGAGAGCCUCGAGACUUUCUUGACUGCUACCUGGAUGAACUGGAUAAGAAAGCAGAGGAUUCUUCAUUUUCAGAAGACAAACUCAUUAUGUACACUCUCGAUCUUCACUUUGCUGGGACUGACACGACCUCCAACACCCUGCUAACUGGUUUUCUGUACCUGCUGAAGUACCCACACAUACAAGAACGAUGUCAGCAGGAGAUUGAUGAGGUGUUGGGAGGGAAGAGUCAGGCCAGUUAUGAUGACAGAAACAACAUGCCUUACAUGCAGGCUGUGAUACAUGAGAUACAAAGGAUGUCCAACACUGUUCCACUCAGCGUCUUCCAUAGCACGACUAAAGACACAGAGCUCAUGGGAUAUUCUAUUCCAAAGGGUACGAUUAUCAUCCAGAACCUGACCUCAGUGCUGAAUGAGGAGGGUCACUGGAAAUACCCUCAUGAAUUCAACCCUGAAAACUUCCUCAAUGACCAGGGAGAGUUUGUUAAAUCAGAGGCUUUCAUGCCUUUCUCUGCAGGUCCUCGGAUGUGUCUCGGAGAGGGUCUGGCUCGUAUGGAGCUCUUCCUCAUCAUGGUGACUCUGCUGAGGAAGUUUAAGUUCAUCUGGCCGGAAGAUGCAGGAGAGCCAGACUUCACUCCACUCUUUGGGUCUACGUUGACUCCCAAACCUUAUCGCAUGAAGGUCCAGCUCAGUUCAUCAUAGUGAACAGGAUGUGCAGCAGAAACAGUGCAGACUAACUGAGAUCAGCACAAACUCCCAGAUGAACAUUAAUUUACCGUAAUAAAAGUAAUGGAGGCAGUAUUGUGUAACAUUCCAUAGCAAUUAUAGCGCCUAUAAAAAGUGUUGCCCCAUCUUGGAAGUUUUCCCCUUAAAUUGCUUUUCAACAAUAUAUCAUAGUUAAUUUGACUUUCUUGACAAGAAUGUACAUAAAUAGAUUCUUUCAUGUUAGAGUGAAAAUACAUUUCUACAAAAUCGUGCCGCUUAAAAAAAAAUCAAACAUAAUCCCCCUUCAAAUCAGUAUUUAACAGAUACAUCUUUGGCAACAAUUACAGCAUUCAGCCUGUGUGGAUAGAUCUCAGUCAACCUCUCUACAUUGCAGUUUUACCCCAUCCUUCUUUGCAAAACUGCUCAAGCUAUGUCAGAUUGCAUGAGUGAACAGCUCUUUUUAAGUCCAGCAACAAAUUCUCAAUUUGAUCAAGGUCUGGGCCUUGACUUGGCCACACCUUGUUGUCUUUAACCAGUUUGCUUUGAUUGUAUGCUUCGGAUCAUUGUCUUGCUGAAAAACAAAUCUCACAAGUUGUGAAUCCCUUGCAGACUGCAGCAGGUUGUCCUUCAGGAUUUUCCUGUACUUUCCUGCAUUCAUUCCAGGUCCUGAUGCCGAGAAGCAUUCUCACAACAUGAUGCUGCCACCACCAUGCUCUACAGUGGGGGUGGUGUGUUUGUAAUGAUGUGUAAUGCUUGGUGUCCAAAAAAUAUAGCGUGUAGUCUGGUUGGCAAAAUUUUUGUCUCAUAAGACCAAAGAAAUAUCUUCCAGUUCAGAGUUUGCUCCAUGCCUUCUGGCAAACUGUAAUUGUAGCAAUUAUUAGCAUUUCUCAUCAAUGACCUACCAUAAAGGUUUGACUGGAGAAGAAAAGGCAACAAAUGCUAUAUGUACAGUGAGGGUUGUAACUCCUUUAGAGGAGUCAUAUGUGUCUUGGUGGCCUCCCUCACUGGUCUCUUUCUUGUACAGUCACUCAGUUUUCAAGGACAGCAUGUUCUACUCAGACUAACGCAUUACCUGUACUCCAAGGGAUAUCCAGUGGUCUUUUCAUGAAGAGUUGCUUCAAGUGUUCUUUUGUCUUCUUGGUGUUUUUACAGAGAGAAAUACUGAUUCACUAGUGACUGACAGAUACAGGUGUCAUUAUACUACAGUCACUUGAGAAACAUUGACUGCACUCAGAUGAUCAUAAUUUCACUGAUUAUGGGACUUUUAGAACCCAGUUGGUUGGAUUUGUCACUUGGAGUCACUUUAAAGGGAGUUAAUACUAACACAAUCACUUCUUCUAAAUUUUUAAUGAAUCAACAUUAUUUUGUCUGUUUUCACUUUAACAUGACAUGAUAUUCUUAGACAUUCUUGUCAAAAAAGGCCAAAUUAAACUGAACACGAUUUAUUGCUGAAAAGGGAAUAAUUUUAACAGGCACUGUAAUGGUAUAUAUAUAGUGAAAAAUUUCAAAAGCUAGGGGAGCACACUUGUGCAAACCCAAAAUCGAUGAAUAAUGAGUCAGUCAUUAGUCUUUUAAUAUACGUAUACUGGUCAAAAACAGGAUAGCCCAGAUAACAGGAUGACAUAUGAUUCUCUUGUCCUGUUGAAAAACUUUUUAGGUGCGUUUUGAGGAUAGGAAGCACUGAUGCUGAGUUUGGUGCAAAAAUGUUGCAGAGAUAUCAUAGUAUAGGGAAUAUUCGUCUUUGCCUUUUCUGCCGUAUAUAUGAAACAUUUAUAGUAAUACUUGUAUGGAACUGAUAUGGUGGAGGUAAUUCUUACUGAUUGGUGAUCUUUCAUUUUAGUUUUGUGAGUAACAUCUGAAAUACAUUUAUAAUAAACUGCAAUAUUACACAAA